AUGCUGAAUGAGAAGUACCGGGGUGUUAUUGAACAAAUUCUGAGUCCCACUCCCGCGAAUGCUCAAGAUUUACUCAAGGAGCUCGGAUUCUCUGGCUUACCCACACAAGAACAGGUGCACAGAGAAAUAGAGCAAAAGCUGCUAUUACCCAAGGAACGGCUACCCGACCAUUGGCUCCCCACCUAUCAAAUACAUUGGGACCAUCCAGUUUCCAUCCCAUCGCUGCUAAAGCUCGAACCUUCUCCCCCACCUACCACCCUUGCAUUCGUUCGGACUGGGCUUCAAGGCCGUGUUACAGGCUACACAGAGGUCUCCAAUCCGCGUGUCACGACUGGACUUACCUCGACGUCCCUUGAUCGCGCUCCUGGCCCCAGUAGCAAUUUCGUUAGAGGAAAAUCAGGAUAUGUUCCAUUCUGGCCUGGAGGGUUGGAGGAGAUACGGAAAGACCCAGUCUCGCUGAGUGAUCUUCAUGAAGAUUCCCGUGGCUUGAGAACAGUUGCACCUGGAUUGACUCGUGGGCUGCAUCUUCCUGGCGAUGAUGCCGAAGAGUCCGCUUUAGCAGACCUGGAGAGAGCCUCGCAAGGGGGCGGGAAGAUUGGCCACGGCGAAGACGACGAAGUACCUCUCUACUUAAAUGGGGAUGCGAUCUCUGGUCCGUCAGUAGUCAACGGUGUGUCCGAGAUAGAUGAACUUCUCCCUACUACAAGAUCCCAGCUAAGUUCCAUCCCCGCCUCGCGCAGAUCCCACCGGCGCACCAACAUACAGAAACGAGACUGGGCACAUGAAGUUGACAUUAAUAAGCCUCUCACUAACUUCCACGAGCUGGUUCCAGAUAUGGCCCACAAGUAUCCGUUCGAGUUGGACACAUUUCAGAAACAGGCUGUGUACCAUCUUGAGAUGGGUCACUCCGUGUUUGUUGCUGCCCACACGUCGGCGGGAAAAACGGUGGUGGCUGAAUACGCCAUUGCAUUGGCCGCGAAACAUAUGACGCGAGCUAUCUACACAUCACCGAUCAAAGCCCUAUCAAAUCAGAAGUACCGCGAUUUCAAGCAGACGUUCUCGUCGUCCUCGGUCGGUAUCUUGACGGGAGAUGUGCAGAUUAACCCAGAGGCCAACUGUCUCAUCAUGACCACUGAAAUCUUGCGCAGCAUGCUGUACAAAGGUGCCGACCUAAUUCGAGACGUUGAGUUCGUCAUCUUCGACGAAGUCCACUAUGUGAACGACGCGGAGAGAGGUGUCGUCUGGGAGGAAGUUAUCAUCAUGCUUCCAGAUCAUGUCAAUAUUAUUCUGUUGUCCGCUACUGUUCCCAAUACAAAAGAAUUUGCGGACUGGGUGGGGCGCACAAAGAAGAAAGAUAUAUAUGUGAUCUCGACCGCGAAGCGACCAGUACCGCUGGAACACUAUCUUUACGCUGGCCGAGAGCUAUACAAGAUUGUAGACGCCGAUAGGAAUUUCGUGACACAGGGGUACAAAGACGCAGGCGAAGCUCUCCGGCGGAAACAAGACAAGGAGCGCGAAGCAGCUGGCCUACCUCCAGUCCAGCGUCUCGGAGCACGUGCGGCAGCGCCACAGCGGGGACAACGCGGUAGUGCCUCCGGGCGUGGCAGCCAACGAGGUGGUGCGCCGGUUCGAGGAGGCCCUCCGGCUGGUCGGGGAGGCUCGCCUCGCACAUUCUACCAGCCCGAUAAGAACCUAUACGUGCAUCUUCUGGGCCACCUUCGUAAGAAGGCGCUGCUGCCCGUAGUUGUGUUCACUCUAUCGAAGAAGCGAUGCGAGGAAAAUGCAGGAACAUUGACAAACGCCGAUUUGUGUACGUCGGUGGAGAAAAGUGAGAUACACGUCGCAAUUGAGAAGGCGUUGUCGCGAUUGAAGGGGACCGAUAGACAGCUGCCACAAAUCCGCCGUAUGCGCGACUUACUCUCUCGCGGUAUCGGCGUACAUCAUGGUGGACUACUUCCUAUCGUGAAGGAGGUCGUAGAGCUGCUAUUCGCCCGUGGCUUAGUGAAAGUCUUGUUUGCGACGGAGACCUUUGCUAUGGGGGUGAAUAUGCCCGCAAAAUGUGUGGUUUUCUCAGGAAUACGGAAACACGACGGCCGUAGCUUCAGAGAUAUUCUGGCUGGUGAAUAUACACAGAUGGCGGGCCGUGCUGGGCGUCGUGGUCUGGACCUGACAGGUACUGUCGUGAUAGUGGCGAACGAUAACCUUCCCGAGCAAACCACCUUGUUGACCAUGAUACUUGGUACCCCGUCAAAAUUGCAAUCACAAUUCCGCCUCACGUACAACAUGAUUCUCAAUCUGUUACGUGUGGAGGCACUGAGAGUUGAGGAGAUGAUCAAACGGAGUUUCUCCGAGAACAGGUCCCAGAAACUUCUCCCACACCAGCAGAGAAAAAUGAUCGAGAGCGAAAAGGCGUUGUCCAAACGAGAGAAGCUAACUUGCGAAGUGUGCUCACCAGAUAUCGAAAGUUACUACGACACAUCCUUCGAUAUCAUCGAACAUAAUCAAAUGCUGCUGAAUAUGGCUGCAAAACAUUCGCAAGGUCUGAGGCUGCUGGGCAUCGGAAGAGUGGUUAUCCUCCGAGAUGGGCAUUUUAGAUCAAACAUAGCAGUCAUGAUGAAGUCUGCGGGUGUUUCCGAUAAUGUCAAAGUGUACUACAUGUUAGCCAUGGUAGACCCCGAUACCAAGAGUGGGAAACACGACGUGGAUGCUCAGAGCAUACCCCCGCGGUGGCCCUUUACGCCAGCUUCACUCGCAGUGGACGAUGCAACGUACGAGCUCAGACCUGUGCCAUUGACGAGCGUCGCGAUGGUGUGCGACUGCGUAAUCAAGGUUGAAGUGGAUCUCAUCGUCUCGGGUCAUCGGAUAUCAUCAAUGCAACAUGCCAUCGGGUCUCUAUCGAUGGUCUUGAGUGACUGGAUAGCGUCUGGACGUAUACCCGAGGUGGACUGGAGUCGAAUACGUUCGUUAGACUUCCAAGAGACACUACGCUCGCGCAAUGAACUCGCGAAACGCCUCCCUGGCUAUGCUUGUAUUCUCUGCGAGGAUUUCGACGACCAUUACAUCGUCACUCAUGGCGAGAAGGUUCUUCUUGCCAACAUCGCUGAGCUCCAGCGGACAUUAUCAGACCAAAACCUUGAGUUGAUUCCAGAUUACGAGCAACGAAUAGACGUUCUCAAGGAGUUAAAACUCAUCGAUGAAAAUUCCACAGUCCUGCUCAAAGGCAGAGUCGCUUGCGAGAUCAACUCCGUGAACGAGCUCAUCCUGACCGAGCUAAUCCUUGAGAACACACUUGCGGCAUACGAGCCAGAGGAGGUCGUCGCGCUCCUGUCGGCAUUCGUGUUUCAGGAGAAGACAGACGUGGAGCCUGUCAUUCCUUCCAAGCUCGAGCAGGGCCGCGACGCCAUUAUGGCUAUCAGCGACCGUGUCGAGCGAAUACAGGACGCGCACAAGAUCCCAGGUGUGGAGUUCCGCGGGCUCAAGUUCGGUCUCAUGGAGGUUGUAUACGAGUGGGCGAAGGGCAUGCCGUUUGAACAAAUCACAGAGCUGACAGAUGUGGCAGAAGGGACCAUCGUCCGUGUAAUCACCCGUCUGGACGAGACCUGCCGCGAAGUCAGAGACGCAGCUCGCGUCAUUGGCGAUGCCGAGUUAUUCAAGAAGAUGGAGGAGUGCCAAAUCAAAAUCAAAAGAGACAUUGUAUUCGCCGCAAGUCUGUAUUUCUAG